AUGGUGGCCAGAAGUUCAGAGGCCCUCGUGCAGUGGUGUCGGACACGGCGUCAGCCAGGUGACAGUGACAGCAUUUGGGCAGCUCUUAGAAGGCUGUGCUUCCAGAAAUGUCAGGAACUGGUUUCCCGCCAUGAAAAGGUGUGGCUGGGUCUUCGGGCCUCGGCGGGCGGGCGCCGGGGCUUCACCUCCAAGGUGGGUCCCCGGGUAGAGGCCAGAGCAUCUAGGGAAGUGGGCCAGAUCCUGGAGCCGCUAGCGCUUGCGGACUGCGGCAGCCGAGAGACCGUAGCACGGCCGGAGAAAGCCAUCGCGUUCGCCUGCAGGCUCUGCGCUGUGGACACGGACGGGGUGGAGCCCGUGCAGUCAGUCCUGGAGGAUGGAUGUCUGUGCUUAAGAUCCGACAAUGUGGCAGAAGGCAACUGUGCUGCGGAACUGCUACAAAACUCCCGUCGAGAUGUGGAGGAGUAUUUUUGUGGCCCCCCAGGUCGUAUGUCUUGGCCAAAGCUAGAUGAAAAAGAGCCCCUCUCACACUGCUGA